AUGUCAUCUUCGGGUGGGUACGUAGGACAGUCAGGGAAUCAGGUGCCAAUUAUUCCGAAUACAAUUUCCCCAUUUUAUCAAAUUCCACCGUCAAUAAGUGGUGUUCAAUCGAAUGCGUACGCGCCUGCAGUGUCGUUUACGUCCGCGCACCCGGACUUACAACUGGGUCCAAAUGCUCAGCAGCUUGCAGCUCGUCAUGUGGUCCCAAAAGAGCUUCCAGUGUUCGGAGGCAAUCCUGCGGAAUGGCCCCUGUUUUGGAGUAGCUACAAUACUUCAACGCAGAUGUGCGGGUACACCGAAGCAGAAAAUCUCCUCCGUUUGCAACGCAGUUUGAAAGGUGAAGCAAGAAAAGCAGUGAACAGUUUUUUGCUACACCCUUCGAACGUGGGUGAUAUUAUGUCGACACUAAGCACAUUGUAUGGCCGUCCCGAUAUCAUCAUUAACACGCUGUUAAACGAUGUCAGGAGUACCCCAACGCCGAAACCAGAAAAACUUGAUUCUCUGGUAAACUUUGGUUUGGUAGUUCGCAAUCUCUGUGCACAUCUAGUGUCAACUGGGCAGCAAAUGCAUUUGGCCAACCCGAUUCUGCUCCAAGAGCUGGUCGACAAACUGCCGGCCAAUAUCAAAUUGGGGUGGGCGAUGCAUAAGCAGUCAAUAGCGGUAGCAGAUCUUCGAGCGUUUGCAAAUUACAUGAACGUCAUCAUCAGUGCAGCUAGCAGUGUAUCGAGUGGGGUUACAGAAAGUACCAAGGCGGACCGACAGAAAGGGAAGGCGUUCGUCAAUUCCGUUCGUUCGGAAUCUUGUGGUCGGAAUGAUCAACGUCAUCCCGAAAAGGUCACUGGUAGGGGUAAAAGUGUGAUGGAUUCAAAGUCAACGGAUCCUCCUAAAGUGCGCCCCUGUGCAGUGUGUCAAGUACAUGGGCACAAACCAAAAGAAUGUCCGAUCUUCAAGGCGAAAACACUUGGUGAACGCUGGAAGGCCGUGCAAGAUGCACAUCUGUGCAAACGUUGUCUAUACCCUCAUGGAAAGUGGCCAUGCAAGGCUGCUGGUUGUGGGACAAAUGGAUGCCAACAAAAUCACCACAAAUACCUCCAUCCCGGUAAUCCAAACGUCGGAAAUGGCUCGAGUGAGAAUGUAUCAAAUUCGACUACAGGGGUAGUAACGGUGCAUCAACAUAUGCAGCACAGAGUCCUGUUCCGCGUCAUUCCGGUCAGUCUUCACGCCCAUGGGAAAUCGGUGCAUACCUUUGCCUUCUUGGAUGGCGGUUCGGAUUCAACGUUAUUAGAAGACUCCAUUGCCAAGAAACUUGGGGUCACUGGAGCUGUGUUUCCUCUCUGUAUGCAGUGGACUAAUGGUGUGAGGCGUACUGAAGAAGAAUCAAGAAGAGUGAUGCUGGAGAUUUCCGGUAACAACGGCAAUCGUUUUAUGAUGAAAGAUGUCCACACUGUCUCUAGUUUAGAUCUGCCACGACAAACAAUUGACUUCGAAGAACUUCAAACAAAAUUCCCUUAUUUGAAAGGACUCCCAAUCGCAAGUUAUGAUGAUGCUACUCCGGGAAUAUUAAUUGGACUGGACAACACCAAGCUGAAGACGACGUUGAAGCUUCGUGAAGGAAGCGGAAGUCAACCUGUGGCGGCGAAAACUCGUCUAGGAUGGCUGCUGUACGGAAGGUCUGGAGAAUCGGAUUUAAAACUGGUCCACCGAGUACUGCACGCAUGCAAUCGGUCAACGAAUGAAGACCUUCAUGAGCUCGUCAAAUCGUUUUUCACUGUCGAAGGUUCUGGUGUAGAAUCUAACGAAAUGGUAGAAUCACCUAGCGAAAAACGGGCACGGAAAAUAUUGGAGGAUACCACGGUUCGGACCGAGUCGGGAAAGUUUCAAACAGGGCUGUUGUGGAGGUACGACUUGGUGGAGUUUCCGGACAGCAAACCAAUGGCGGAGCGGAGGUUGCAGUGCCUUGAAAGACGACUAUCAAAGGACCCAACGUUGUACGACAAGGUGAGGGAACAAAUUGAUGACUAUCUGUCCAAGGGUUACACCCAUAAAGCAACAGAACGGGAGUUGAAAGAUACCGUGCAAAAUCAGACAUGGUAUCUACCAUUGGGUGUAGUAGUAAACCCUAAAAAGCCGGAAAAGGUUCGAGUUGUCUGGGACGCUGCAGCAACGGUAAAAGGAGUUUCGCUGAAUUCCGUUCUGCUGAAAGGGCCGGAUUUUCUACAGUCCUUACCAACGGUACUUUGUCGAUUUAGACAGAGGGAGGUGGCCAUCAAUGCGGAUAUCAAGGAGAUGUUCCACCAAGUGAUUAUCAGACCGGAGGAUCGUCAGGCACAACGAUUUCUGUGGCGGAAAAAUCCGUCGGAGCAAACGGAAGUGUUUGUUAUGGACGUCGCCAUAUUUGGAGCUACGUACUCCCCAAGUUCUGCGCAGUUUGCGAAGAAUAGAAAUGCAGUUGAAUUGUCCAGAGAGUUUCCUCGAGCUGCAACCGCGGUUUUGGAGAACCACUAUGUGGACGACUAUCUCGAUAGUGUCGAUAGCGUCUACGAAGCAGUGGAGCUUGCAAGAGAAGUCAAAACGUUACAUCAACACGCCGGAUUUGAACUCCGACACUGGUUGUCCAAUAGUGUGGAUGUGUUGAAGCAAAUCGGAGAAAAACCGUCAGAAACUCCGAAAAAUUUCGUGAUGGGCAAGAACGUUGGGACUGAGAGAGUAUUGGGGUUGAGUUGGUUGCCGCACGAAGACAUCUUUACGUUCGCAAUACAGUUCCGCGAAAAUCUGAAGAGGUUGCUGGACGGGAAUACGUAUCCCACCAAAAGAGAGUUGUUGAGCCUGGUUAUGAGUAUUUUCGACCCUCUUGGAUUGGUAGCUAACUUUGUGAUACACGGAAAAAUUCUUGUUCAAGAAGUUUGGAGAUCCGGCAGCACUUGGGACGACAAAAUUCCAGAGUUACUGUUUGCGUCGUGGAGUCGUUGGGUACGGGCACUACACAGCCUGGAGCAAGUACGAAUACAAAGAUGUUAUUUUCCCGGAUAUGGUCCAGAAGCCUUGAAAACACUAGAAUUGCACGUUUUGUAG